GGAAACAAUAAGGUUACGAAUGUGCGUUGGAAUACUGAAAUGUUUAGUUUUGCCAUAGUGAAUGUUUUGGCAGUUGCCCUAUUGGCCACGACAGGAGAUGUUACGCAGACGUGGACAUCUCCGACAUAUCCCAAAUUGUAUUCCAACGACACAUCCGAAAAUCCACUCGGAGAGCCAAUCACACCAGAAGAAGAUGCUUGGAUCGGGUCGCUUCUAAACGUGGGUGCCAUGAUAGGAGCUUGGCCUGCAGGGUUCAUUGCGGAUAGAAUUGGAAGGAAGACGACGCUGCUUUGUGUCGCCACACCGCACCUCGUGGCUUAUGUGACGUACGCAUUUGCGCGAAACGUAUAUCUGUUCUAUUUCGGGAGGUUCAUCAGCGGCCUCUCCAUUGGCUCUAGCUAUGCCAUCAUUCCGAUGUACGUGGCCGAGGUAUCAUCCGAUUCCAACAGAAACGCUUUCUCGGCCAUCUUGCCCAUAUUCUGGACUCUAGGAAAUUUAUUGCCAUUAGCCAUUGGCCCAUACAUUUCGAUAAGAAUAUUUAAUUUAAUACUUGCUGCUCUACCAGCUACAUUUUUAGUGGUUUUCACAUUGCUAGCUCCGGAGACGCCAUAUUAUUAUAUUCAAAAAGGCGACGAAAAGAAAGCGGAGAGUUCCCUGGUCAAGCUAAGAUCUGUUCCCUCUGCGGAGGUACAAAAUGAAAUUCUCCAAAUAAAGGAGACAGUAUGGAAACAUGAGAAUGGAUCCAUAACUGAUAUUUUUAUGAAACCGAGCCUCAGACACGCCCUAAUACUGUCAUUAAUUAUCAUGACGGGCAGCCAAUUUUCUGGCAUUAACGCGGUUGGUUAUUAUUUGCAAACGAUUCUCGACGCCUCCGGCACUAAUAUUCCGUCCGAUCUGGGAUCUACCUUAUAUGGUAGUUGGUUGUUUAUUUCCAGCUUUACCUCCACAUUUGCGAUAAAAAACCUGGGCCAAAAGAUACCGCUGAUCACUUCCUGCUUAGGCAGUGCAAUUUCAAUGGUAUCCCUUGGUAUGUUUUUCUAUAUUCACGACAGCAACGAAGAGAAUGCCAAACCGCUCUUUUGGCUCCCGUUGGUUUCCCUGUUGUUUUACUGUGCCUUCUUUAAUCUAGGUUUAUCGGGAAUACCAUGGGCGGUCGGUUCGCAACUGUUUCCCAAUAGCGUGAAGCCAAUUUCUUCUGCAGCUGUAUCGUGCAUGUGCUGGUUUUGCUCGUUCUUGAUCACGCAUUUUUUCAACGAUCUCACCAAUUCCUUGCAAAAAUCAGGAACGUUCUGGUUUUUCGGUGGUUGCAAUGUCUUAACUGCUAUAUUUACUCUGAUUUGGAUACCGGAGACGAAAGGGAAGAGCUUUAGCGAGAUACAAGAAAUGCUACAGGGCCGAAGCUUAAGUUAGUAGAGAAUGCCAACUUAUUCUUUGUGAUAUUUUUAUAUUAUGUUGUGUUUCUGAUCUCAACGUUUUUUCUGUAACCAACGAAUUUGUUAAAACUUAGGGUAAUCUACUUGGUAACAUGUGUUGUUAUCGGUUAUAUAUCGGUUAUAUUUUGGGUAUUUAGUGAACACGAUACGCUAUUUUGGUAUUGCGUAUAUGCACCCCCAAAAUGUUUUUAGUUUUUAGCUAAAUAAAUAAUUCCAGUCAUAUGUUGGCAAAUAGUUAUUUCUUGCCAAUGAGACUCUCGAAUGAUAGAUAAAUACUUAUGAAGUCAAAUAAGCUUUUUGGUCGACGGUACAAUAAAUAAGUAAACAAACUGUUUGUAUUCUAACAAGCAAAAUCAUUUAUCUGGAUUGCAUUUUUUAUAAUUAUCUCUCAGUACAUGAAAAAAAAAAACGUAGACGUAGCGUUAUAAGUAGCAAAAAUAUUGAUUUGUACCACCUGAAAAUCAAACAAUAUACCUGGUGUUUGGAUGUAACUCAGUCAUAUGAUUUCGAGUACCCGCGACUACGAUAACAGAAACAUGUCGAUAAAAGUGAAGUUUUAGAAAAUUU